UACAUCUUCUUCCCUAUAUUAUCCACCUGAGAUAGACACCACUUAUGGUUGAUCAUUUCAUCUGUGUUCCUCGCCUGACGUUUUAUGUGCAGUAAUCGCAGCAGCCCAUUUUGUUGCUAGGAUUCAACAAUGGCGGCUGCUUACAGAGGGAGAGCUGAGCAUUCUCGGAUUGAGAGGGAGACGAGUCCAGCGAGAGCUGCGGUGGUUUACUACCUAUCGAGAAAUGGGCACCUGGAGCACCCUCACUUCAUGGAGGUCCCUCUCUCCUCAUCAUCAGGACUCUAUCUCAGAGAUGUCAUCAACCGUCUCCAUGUCCUCAGAGGGCGAGCCAUGGUUGGUUUGUACUCCUGGUCGUCCAAAAGGAGCUACAGGAACGGGUAUGUGUGGCAAGAUCUCUCGGAGGAUGACUUCAUCCACCCUGUUCAUGGCAAUGAGUAUGUGCUCAAAGGAACGGAGCUUCUCCACCUCAACUCCUCUUCCUCCUCUGGUUCCCAGGAACUCUUUCUCCCUUCUUCUACCAGCUCCAAAUGCGUGCAAGAGGAUUCUGCUGCCUCCUUUUCGAGAGGGAAGCAGGCCACCCGGAGCUCUUUCUACAAGAGCAACACGAGCGCCGAGACCACUGCAAACUCCAUCGACGCGUCUACUCAGACGGAGGAGCACAAGAGGCAACAGCGGCGAGCUCCCGUGGCCGAAGUGGAGCGAGCGGAGAAUCCCAAGUCUGCGAAGGUGGCGGAGAAGCACCCCGCGACCGAGCUCAGCGGAGACGAGGUCUCGCCGCCACCUUCGUCGUCCAGCCCGGAGACGCUGGAAGCGCUGAUCAAGGCCGACGGCCGCUGCAUUAUGGCGGUCAGGCCGGAAGAGAAGGGCUGGUCGGUCGGCGGCUGCUUGAGCGGGAGAGUGAAGGCCUCCGCGGUGCUGAUGCAUCUGAUCUCGUGCGGUUCGAUCUCAGCGAAGGCGAACGGGUUGUCGUUGAUGCCGCAGUACAGCGGAAGACUCGAUCGUGCCGAGUCGAUGGGGCACAUGCCGAGCUUCCGGUCCAUUAGUUUGGAGGACAAGGAGGUCUUCACCGACAAGAUGCGUGGUGAUGAUGCCGAUGGAGAGCUUCCUCCGGUCUUGAAGAAAUCCUCAUCUUACGAUGCCGAUCGGGGCUCGAAGAUGAAUCUGGCAAAAGAGGUUGAAGACGACCGUGCCAGAUGCAUACCAAGAAAGGCCAAGACAAGAAAAGAAGGGAAACCACAGAAGUAG